AUGGAUUCAGAAGUUGAAUAUGUCACUUUGGUGUCAGCUGAUAAUCAUAAAUUUAUCAUUUUAAAAGAAGUAGCACUGAUUUCUUCAAUGUUGAAGAGUAGUCAAGGUUUUCAAGAAGGUGAAACUGGGAAAAUCCUGUUAGAUAUGGAUGGUGAUAUUUUAGAAUGUAUAGUAGAAUAUCUUUAUUAUCAUUAUAAAUAUAAGGAGCAAGCUGAGACUGGUGAUAUCCCUCAAUUCAAUAUUCCAACUCAUUUGGCUUUAGAGUUACUUGUGAAAGCUGAUUUCUUAGAUAUUUAA